UUUUUUACAGGUCGACGCUCAGAGAGGCUGGUCCUCACGUCACGCACCACGACUGUGUGUGUGUGCGCGCGCGCGUGUGUGUGUAUGUGUGUGUGUGUGUUACUACAUGAGCUGCAACGCAAUUGGACACACAAACAGAUCAGAGACAUGAUGUGACACUCGACCGCGCGUAAUUUACGCAUUUGGAGAGCGGUGCGCGCUGCGAACGCACGGCUGUAACGGUGUCGAUUGCGCCGCGUGUGGAAUCGCCUGAUGCUGAUGUUGUUGGAGUGAAUCCAGGGAUGCUGCGGCGUGUCUGGCUGCCCGAGUGCCGCCGCGCAACGUGGGGCUGCGCCCUCCACUUCUGCUGAGCCGCGGCACAGGCGUCCUUUGGUGUGCGUUUUUCGAAAAUGCAUUGACCCUAAUCUGGAGGGAAUCGCCCGCUAUGGAUCACUCGGGAGACAUUUAAGCAUCUCCUGCGGUGAUAUCGCUCUUUGCUGAGACGGUGGGAGCGCAUGUUGUUUCUCCUCCAGCCUCAAGAUGGGGAAUAGUUUCUCUAAUUUGGCCGCUUUCCAGUCCUUGCACAUAGUCAUGCUCGGGCUGGACUCUGCAGGCAAAACCACCGUGCUGUACCGGCUUAAAUUCAACGAGUUCGUCAACACGGUGCCCACGAUCGGAUUCAACACGGAGAAGAUCCGGCUCGGCGGCGCGGGGGCCUCCAGGGGCAUCAGCUGCCACUUCUGGGACGUCGGGGGCCAGGAGAAGCUGCGGCCCCUGUGGAAGCCCUACAGCCGCUGCACGGACGGGAUCGUGUACGUGGUGGACUCCGUGGACGCAGAGAGGCUCGAGGAGGCCCGGACCGAGCUGCACAAGAUCACGCGCUUCUCUGAGAACCAGGGGACCCCGCUGCUGGUCAUCGCCAACAAGCAGGACCUGCCCCGGGCGCUGGAUGUUGGGGAGAUCGAGAGGCAGCUGGCUCUGGCCGAGCUGAGUCCCUCCACUCCGUAUCACGUCCAGCCGGCCUGCGCCAUCAUAGGAGAGGGGCUGGAUGAGGGCAUGGAUAAACUGUAUGAGAUGAUCGUGAAGAGGAGGAAGUCACUGAAGCAGAAGAAGAAGAGGCAGUGAUGACAGGGAUUUUGGGGCUCGAUGACUUGGAAUUGAUAAAUCUCUAUGACUGAAAUAUUAUAGGGUGGAUUAUAAAGUGGUAGCCUGCGUAGCAGAUUAAAAAAAAAAUCCUUUAUGAAGCUUAAAUAUCCUCAUUAGUCUCCAUGGGAAAAUAUGUAUAGUGAUGCCACAUGAGUUUAAGAACAUAUAUAUUAUAGAGGGACAGAGUUAACCUGAAAUUCAUUCACCAACCGUUUUAUUUUCCAAAAAAACAACCACAUGGACAUCGUCACAGAUAAGAUAACAAGCAAUGGAUGAGCCGAUAUGAUAUUGAGUAUUGAUAUUGGUCCGAUACAGAAUCAGAUACUAAACUCAGGCCAUAAAGUGAAAUGUUCACCAGGGAGGAUCAGACGUAUUUUAAGAUAAAAGAAGAAAAGCAUAGUAAAGUAUAAUUUUGUAAAAAAUAAAUAAAAUAAUAAUAUGGUCAAUAUCAGUAUCAUUAUCGAACAUGAAAAACCUACAAUUGAACUUACCCUCUCAUAAAUGAUCAAAUCUGUUUGAGAUUCACUGGAAAACUUUGAUUUGCCUUAAUUUAAUGACUGUUUUAAAGAGUCUCUAUAAACUGCGGCACCUUGUGUUCGUAAGACGCUGAUGUAAAGGGACAUAAAAAUGACUGCUUCAUUAUACGGAUGUCUACAUUAUAGCAGUAUAUAUAUGUAUAUAUGUGUAUAUAUAUAUAUAUAUAUAUAUAUAUAUAUAUAUAUAUAUAUAUAUAUAUAUAUGCAGUAUAUGGACCUGCUGCGGCAUUGUGCUGUGCACAGAUGUGAGACUGUUGUAAAUGGGAUUAGGGAUGCACUCAUGCACAGACUGGUGUUUAGAGCUGGGAGAUGGUGUUACACCAAAGAUGGCUCUCCUGGGAGGACACGUAAAAAAACCCCUCUUUCAUCCCACAGUGUUUUUGUCAUUUUGCAACCCUCUGUACCAAUAUGAGGGGGGAAAUAAGCCUUAAGAUUUAAAACCAAUGUGGGCUAAUGUAGAUGUUGAACGUGGUAUCAAUUGUUGCUUUACAGGAGCUGUUUUUAGAAAGAAAUGACACCACUGACCCCUGUUUUUUUUUUGUCGAGAGAGGUGUGUUUUUCCCAGAGAAACCCCUUUGAUCAGCCCUCCCCUCCCCUCCCCUCCCCAGCUGUGUGAGCGACUAAUACUGACUCAACACGACACAGAUGUCUGCCUUUAGACGAGAAACCGACCAUUUUAUCACCGCUUUAUCUCAUUCUUUUUGAACCCGUUACGGCUGUUGUAAAUAUGACCAGAAUUUCGGAAUGAACCUAAAACCACACACGUGUUAUGCUGGAUUAUUAUCUUAAAACACAAACUAGUCAUUAAAAUACAUGGGAAAAUAAUGAAACUUAUCAAUGCAACUGAUUGUUCAUUAUUUAAGCCGGCAAACAAAUCAACCAAUUUGAUAUAAUUACACUAUUUUUGGUAAUGGACUUUGUCCACAGUCAUUCUAAUGACUUAUAACAACACAAAACAGUUCAAAUGUUUGGGAAAUAACCAAAAAGAAUCCUUAAUUUUUCUUACGCAUAUACUUUUCCCAUGUUUUAUUCAAGCCAGAAAACAAAUCAUGUGCCAAAAACUGUAUUGUAUAAUCUCUGCAUACAAACAAUGAUAGUAAUAGCGGCAUAAAAUGGCAGAUUCAUUGUGUUUCAAACUGUGUUUUCAUCACGUAUCAGCUGAUUCUCAGAGCUGUGAAGAGUGCAUCCCGUGCUGUGUCGACCUGCUGGCAGUGACAGGACAGAGAUGUCGGAACAAACAAAAAAAGUGUCUUCCUGUGAGAACGAUGCGGCGCAACAAACCAACAGGCUGGAACCUGUUCAGCUGCUCCACACACAAAAAAAAGAAAAAGAAAAAAAAGACUUUUCCUCUUACGGAAUGAAAUUUAACUCCAGUAUUUUUUAAUUUAAAAAAUAUAGCCCCAAACAGUGUUAGCGUCAGUGACAGCCUGCGAGAAACUAUAGCCUACGAAGAAAAGCAGUUUGUCUUUGUUUUGGUCUGAAGCGACAUGGAUUGUUCCUGCUGCAGCUCCACAUCCACAGAGUCAUGAAACUGGACUGCAGCACGCGGUU